CUACACAGUUACAAUGAAAGAUGCUCUAUUUUGUCCAUUUCUCUGUACUCUCUACUACUCUUUAUAAGAAGUAUUGCUACCAAAAGUAACAAAGUCACUUCAAGAUUAUCACCAUAUUGCAAUCUCCUUCGCAUUCCGGAAGCUAAGUGCUAACGAUGAAAGAAGCCAAGACUCAGGUGACUGCCGAUGUAGGGAUUGAUUCACUGUGGAAGUGUUUGUCCAAGGAUCUACACUCUGUCCUUCCACAGGUCCUUCCAAACUUAGUGCAGAAUGGAGAGGUCAUCGAAGGAGAUGGCGGCCUUGGUUCGGUCAUUCUUUUCAAUUUUGGCCCUGAUGUGCCGAAUAUGAAGUACCAGAAGGAGAAGAUUGUGGAACUCGACGAGUCUUCACAUCGAAUUGGGUUGCAAGUGAUAGAAGGGGGUCACCUUGAUCUUGGCUUCACCUUUUACAAAACUUCAUUUCAACUUACCGCAAUUUCAGAGAAGCAGACACUGGUGGAUGUGGUGUACGAAUGUGAGACAGAACAAACUGUCCUGCCCUCAAAAACUACGGCCGGCGCAGUUGCAUGCAUCAAGGGCCUCGAGAACUAUUUGUUGAGUACUGAUGCUAUAUAGAGGUAGACCUACCACAUUUCAUCUUCAAUUUAGAAAAGAGCAAGAAUAAUGUGAAUCAAAGCGUAUUUGAUCCUAUCUGCAUCAGAAUUGGUACUCAUGAAUUUUUCUGUGAAUGCUUACGUGAUCGAAUUGGUCAUGUAGUUUUGUAUCGAUAACUUGUUGCUGAAAAGAGAACUUAUAAUGA